CAGAAAUGAUAACGCGCCCUAUUUCAGAACUCACUUUAUUUUUCAAUCAAUAUUUGGACUAUUUAAAUUUUUUAUUAAAUGAUUGAAAUGACAAUUCUCACUUUUGUUGUGAAAACGCCAAUGUAAUACAAUUAGGAAUGACUGUUGAUGUGAUGGGCUUUCUGUUGGCGGGCACAUAUACCGCAUUGGGCGUUGUAAAAGCUAUGGAUAAUGACUCCUUUAUUCAAUUAGGAGCAAGUCUCAUUGUUGGUAGUGUUCUAGGUUAUGGUGCGUAUUUGAAUUCAAAAGAUCCCCCACGUCCUUUGUUUCAGUUGUCUACUGAACUUUUGUUGGCCGGCAUAAUGGGUACACGUUAUACUUUGACAAGCGAUGUUAACGAUGGCGCAUUAUUUUUAGCCACAGCUGCUUCAGCGUUUUACAAUUCUUAUACUUAUACCGAAGAUUUAAGUAAUCAAAUUGAUAUUGACGACUUCUUGGGAAGAGUGGAUAGUAGGAAAAUCACUAUUAAAAUACCAGAUAUCAAAAAGGCGAUGGAAUAACUGAAUAUAAAAUUUGUGAAUAUAUAUAUGCAUAUGUAUGUACAUACAUAUAUAAAGAGUUUAAAUAUUCAUAAUGCUUUUAACAUGUUUAGAAUAGUUACCUCGCCGCAAUCUCCAAAUUGAUUUGGUGAAUAUUUCUGCCAUAGUAAAAACAACUACAAUAAUCUUGUGUUAGGGGCUUUGCAACAACCCUACUAUUAAACUCUCUCCUCGUACCUACAAAGCGGCCAAUUAACAAAGUUUUUGCGGAUUUUUGCGAACUUUAUAGUUUUACAGCUGUGAUAAUAGAUUAUAUCUUCAAUACUUACGAGUUCGUAUACUCUUACGCAUAACAAUAAUGAAAAAUGUUAUUUUACAAAAAUAAUACACAUAUGUAUCAA